AUGACAAUUAAUCCCAAGCCAGAUUUUCCUUUUUUUCUCUAUUUUUUCUGCACUAUUUUUACUUUAGAAAAUUUUCCAAAAAAGUUUUUCAACAAAUUAUUUUCAAUUUCUCUCCAUUUUUCCAAAAUUUUGUUCAAAACAAUGACUGAUGUACCAGAAAAUGCUCCAGAAAGCUGUCCCGGCACUCAAAGCGAAAAAGCAGGCAAAACAUCAGCAUGUGCUGGGUGUCCAAAUCAAAAGGCUUGUUCAACUGGUGUUCCACAAAUUGAUCCAGACAUUGAUUUAAUUAAAGAAAGGAUGGCUUUUGUUAAACAUAAAAUUCUUGUAUUGAGUGGAAAAGGUGGCGUUGGAAAAAGUAGUGUCACAACUAGUUUGGCUUAUGUAAUGUCCAAUUUGAAUGGGAAUGAUGGAAAGCCUUUAAAUGUUGGCGUCCUCGAUAUUGACAUUUGUGGACCUUCACAAGCUCGAAUGUUUGGAUGUGAGAAUGAAAGUGUUCAUAGUAGUGAAGAAGGAUGGGCACCCGUUUUCGUGAAAGACAAUCUUUUUGUGAUGAGUAUUUCUUUUUUGGUUGAAUCGAGGAAUGACGCGAUUAUUUGGCGUGGUCCUCGCAAAAAUGCCUUAAUUAAACAAUUCCUUCGUGAUGUUGAUUGGGGCAACGUAGACUUUCUUUUAAUUGAUACUCCGCCUGGAACUUCUGAUGAACACAUUUCUGUCGUUCAACUUCUCUUGCAAUCAUCACAACUUGAUGGAGCCUUAAUUGUUACAACACCACAAGAAAUUUCUUUGUUGGAUGUUCGAAAAGAGGUCAAUUUUUGUAUCAAAACAAAGGUUCCAAUUCUUGGUGUUAUCGAGAACAUGGCAGAAUUUAUUUGUCCUAAUUGCUGCACACAUUCACAGCUUUUUCCUUCAACAACUGGUGGUGCUUUAGGAAUGUGUAAAGAACUGGGUGAAGGUUUGGAGUUGUUGGCUUCUUUACCUUUGGACCCGAAACUUGGCAAGAGCUUGGAUAUGGGGAAUGCUGGAAAGUUUUUUGAAAAGUUGGAAGAUUCUGUUAUUGUCCACAAAGAAUUUAAAAAACUUGCUGAAACAAUUUUGAAAAAAUGUGAAAAUGAAGUAAAAGAAGAUGCAAAAUUGGAAGAAAAUGGGACAGGAAAAUUAACUGAAUAA